AUGUCGCUCUGCUGCUGCAGCGCGGGAAGCCGCCGCCUGCUCCUCCCACGCCUCUUCCUUGGCCAGCACCACCAGCUCCGCCGCCCCCUCCUCCACCUUCCCGCCGCCUCAACCGCAGCCGCAGCGGUCUCUUCCUCCACGGCGUCCCUCUCGCCGGCACAGCAGCGCCAGGUCUCCCUCUACGUGGACGCACUCCUCGAAUGGAACCAGAGGAUGAACCUUACCGCCAUCACAGACGAGUCCGGGGUCAUGACGCGCCACGUGGCAGACUCCCUCGCGGUCCUGCCGCCGCUCGAGCGCACGUACACCUCCCGCGGCGGCGACGUUGCCGGCAUCAGCCUUAUCGAUGUCGGCUCUGGCGCCGGGCUACCCGGACUCAUCCUUGCUGUUGCGCGGCCAAGCUGGAAAUUUACGCUGCUGGAGUCGAUGCGGAAGCGGUGCACGUUCUUGGAGCAUGCGGUUGAAGUCAUGGAGCUGUCGAAUGUGGAUAUAGUCUGUGACCGAGCUGAGAACGUUGGCCAAAGUCAUGAUUUCAGAGAGGCAUUUGAUGUAGCAGCUGCAAGAGCCGUUGCAGAACUCAAAGUUCUAGCCGAGUACUGUCUCCCGUUGGUCCGUGUCGGUGGUUUAUUUAUAGCUGCUAAAGGGCACGACCCUCAUGAAGAAAUAAGAAGCGCAAAAGCUGCAGUUCAUAAACUUGGUGCAUCCAUGCUAGAUUUGUGCAAUGUUGAAUCAAUGGGACCUCAUGGCCAACGAACGGCAGUUGUAUACCUGAAGGAACGAACUACUCCAAAGAAAUACCCUCGGCAUCCAGGUACUCCUUCUAAGACACCAUUAUGAAAGCAUGUUGACUGUCUUGGAGAAACACAAUGAUCAAAACUCGAUACAUUGGCUGCUCUCCCUCCGAAGGACAUCCACUGGAAUGCAGUUGCUCUUAAAGCGUGAAAGGAUUACUUAGCUACCUAACAUCGAUCAUUUUCUCAUGCAAAUUGU